AGAGAUUGCUGCUUAGCAAGAGUCUAACAUGCAUGCGACCAAGCCUUCUCCAUCGUGGAGGAAAGCUUUGUACGGAGGCCUUGGUCAAAUUCCACCUGUUAAAAAAUGUCUUCUCUCAACUAGAUCACACACUGCUAUCAGCGCUUGCUCCUUUACAUACAUAAGUUAACAUAUCACCCAUGGCGCGCACCACAACUUCGAAGAAGUCCAAGGCGGCUGCCAAGCCUGAAGCUCCUGAGAAGGAAAAGCCCAUCACCAAGCGUGGUAAUAAGCGAGCAGCUGAGCAGGAACCAGAGGAGAAGCCGGAGGAGAAGGCGCCUGCUGCGGAGCCCACUUCGGCCAAGGACAAUGAGGAACCCCCCGUUGAGGCGCCUGCGCCUAAGCGCCGCCGCGUUGCCGUCAAACCCGCUAAAGUGCCCAGCCUCUUCCCAGGACAGCCAAUUCUGGACCUUUUCAUGUUUGGCACCAACUCCUUCGGCGCUCUUGGCUUGGGCGAUCCUGAGCUAGCGGAUGACCCGGACACCCGGUCCCAGAUCCCCCGUCCUAAGCAGCCAAUCUCUGAGGAGCUCAAGUUUGUACAAGUUGUGUGCGGCGGGAUGCACACAGUAGGGCUUACGUCGGAGGGCGACGUGUACACCUGGGGCGUCAACGACGAGGGCGCGCUGGGUCGCAAGACGUCAGGCACUUGCUGGGAGAAGGAGCCUGAUUCAGCCAAGGGCGAUCCCUUCGUGCCCCUCCGCGCUGAGCUUCCGGGCGGCCUCAAAGCCGUUCAAAUUGCUGCUGGCGAUGGCUUCACCUUCGCUGUGGGUGCUGACGGCUGCCUGUACGGCUGUGGCCACUUCAAGGACGAGAUUGGCGCCCUCUCCGGCUUCACUCCCAGCAUCAAGACGCAGGGGCUGUUCAUCCAGGUCUGGCAGCCCGACUCGCUGCGUGACCGCAUCAAGAAGCUGGUGUGCGGCGGGCGACACGCCGCCAUCCUGACCAACCGUGGUGACGUCCUCACGUGGGGCUCCGGCAGCCAAGGCCAGCUGGGCCGCAUCCAGCCCUACCACCAGGACUCCGAGUACCAGCCCACGGCCGAGGAGCUCUUCAAGCCCACCGCUGUGGCCCAUCUGCCGUACGCCCUAGGCAACUCCCCCGCCGUCGACAUCGCCUGCGGCGCGUACAGCACCUUUGUCAUCGCCAAGGACGGCUCUGUUGCAGCCUGGGGCCUCAACAACAGCGGGCAGUUGGGCAUCAAUAAGGAAAACAAUGACGACAACAUCAAGUGGGAGCCGGAGACGGUGGAGUCGCUCUCAGGCGUGGUGCACAUCGCUGGCGGCGAGCAGCACACGCUGGCGCUGACCAAGAAGGGCGCGCUGCUGUCCUUUGGCGCUGCCACGUACGGCAUGUUGGGCCGUCGCGAUGUCAACACCAACUCCGCCAACGAGAUCCACCCGGAGCCCAAGCCCGUGGACGGUCUAGAAGGGUUGAAGGUGGAGGCCAUCGCCGCGGGUACCAACGUGUCUGCUUGCACCACAUCUGACGGUGAUGCCUGGUUCUGGGGCAGCAACACCAACCUGCAGCUGGCCAAGGGCACCGACGAGGACGACGAGCCCGUGCCGAAGAAGAUGGGCCGCGUCAAGGUCUUUGGCUACCGCCGCAUCCACACCGUAUGCUUUGGCGGACAGCACGGGGCGCUCCUGGCGGGUGAGCAGGGCGGCGUUGCACCGGGUGGGGCCGCCGCGGCGGCUGCGCCGGCGCCUGCUGCCGCAGCGGCAGCCGCUGCGGGCCCAUCCGCUGCGCCUGCAGCAGAUGGCGCUGGGCCGUCCAACGCAGCAGCAGCGGCUGCUGGUCCUUCGGCAGCAGCACCCGCGGCGGCGGCAGAGGAUGGUGCUGGGCCCUCUGCAGCGCCAGCGGCUGCUGCUGCGAAGGGUGGUAAGAAGGCGGCUGGGAAGAAGGCGGGCGGAAAGAAGGCGCCUGCUAAGAAGAAGGGGGAGAAGAAGGUGGAGAAGAAGGAGGAGCCGGAGGACGACGGACCUGAGGCGAUGGACGCGGACUCGGGUUCAGGGGAAAAUGAGGAGAAGGAUGAGGGGUCGGAGUAAGGCAUGCGUUAACGGGAAACGCAGCGGUACAGUCUUGGUGUUGUUGACUUGGGCAAUGCCUUCAGCGGGAGAGGAGUUCGAUGAAGUGCGCAUGCGCUGGUAGCGUUUACGAUUGGACUAGAAAGCAUGGGCUGCCAAUGCAGCUGCGGACGGGUGCGUGAGGUUGUUUAUGGUAGCGGAUUACUGCAUGAGGACGGUUGGGACCAUUGACGGCUGUUUUCCUUUCCUGAGGUGAUUGCUAGGAAAAUUGGCUAGAGACUUGGACGUACGAGUGUUUCAUUGCCUCGCAAUAUGACAGGCAGUGAAGUGUCACGAGGCCUUACACUUAAUACUCUGCGCCAGCUUAACCGUUGUUUAUAUGGAGCAGGGGGCGGAGGACGGAGGUGUUUACAGAUUUAUGGCGCAGCGCCUUACUUCACAGCAUAACGUGGAUGACAGGUGUGGGCGGCCUCAGCAGGUUUGCUUUUGUAGUGCUCUGUGCCAAGUUCGUAGAGAAAGCUGCGGCCGUUGGGACUAUUGCUAACUGACCCCCGAACCGCGUGUUGCGGUGCGGCGCAGGUGCGAGUGCUGCUGCUGUUUGCGCUUAGCCAUCUAAUACGGAGUGCACGGAUGUCUGGUUCCGUUAUGCGGAGCGCACGGAUGCCUGGGACCCAGAACAAUUACCUGCGUGUUAGUCUGGGACAUGCAUGCGGCUCGUUGGGUCGUGCUACUGAAGCAUGUGUUUCGUGCUGCGGAUAGAGCAUUUACAUGGUAGCUUAGAAGCCAUCGGCUUCAGGCAUUAGGAGAUUGAAUUUGGUGCGACGGGCCAUUUACAGGCGCUUUAACCCUAGCCCUUUUUGUCGCUAGGCUGUGCGAGUGGUUUCAUGCCUCAACCUAUAUAUCACUUUGCAGCAUGACCCGCACAUUUUUUGCCUGCCCCCGUACAUAAGCGGUGCUUCCGACCGCUCUGGUGUAAUGCGACACGUUUCUGCAGACAGACUAACGAUGCAGUAUGAUACAUGGAAGCAGCGCAACCUAGCUGACAACACUUGUUCGGGACAAAACACGCAGCAACACAAUGCAGAAGGGUACGUUCUCAUAUGCCAUAACAUGACCC